ACUUAAUGUUUAGUUUAUUGGGAAGACGAAGAAGUUGAGGGCAUAAAAAUCAGCCUCAAGUGAAAGGGAAACAUUGCUAAAUUGUGCUCCUUUUCACCAAAGCUAAUUGUGUAUAUUCCAUUGUAUGUCAGAGUCGGAACACGCCCCGGAACAUGGCAUUAAUGUUGAGGUUCAUCAUUGUCUCUAAGCAGAUCCGUGGCAUCCGUCUUGCUUGGGUUCACGCAGCGCCGAAACACAUGCAGCGUAUGACCAUAAGUGAUGAAACAAAAAGGUGGUUCCCAUUAACAGUUGACACUGAAAGGUGUAGGAGAAUGAUCCAUAUAUCAGCGUCAAGACUGAAAGAGCACCCCUAUCACAAGAAAAAUGAGCUGACAGAAGCAGCCUAUGAGAAGAUUGCUGAUGAGACGCUGGAUGCUUUGGCUGAUUACUUUGAAGACUUAAUGGAUGAACCUUUCACUGGACCAGACUAUGAUGUGGUGUUCUCUAGUGGUGUGCUGACAAUAAAAGUGGGAGGUGACCAUGGAACCUACGUGAUCAACAAGCAGACACCAAACAAACAGAUUUGGUUGGCAUCUCCAACAAGCACCGGAUCCUCCCAAGGCUGUAAACUGAGGCCUCUGCUGUACUCUCUGUAUACAUAUGACUGCAUACCAGCCCAUCCCAGUAAGUUCAUUAUCAAGUUUGCUUGUGAGAUUUUUCAACUGUAAAGAAUGUUCUCCAAAAAGGUUGGAAUUUGCUGCUCUUGCCAAUGUCAUGUGUUCAACACAAUGACAUGUUUACACACAACUAAGAGGGGUAGCACUAACUUCCUCGGCUACAUAAUAACUCUUUGGUGAUGGUUUGCGAAGCAUAUUAUAUUAAAAGUAUGUUAACAUACCUCAAGCUAAAUUUACAGAAAGUCCUCUCCUUUCUGGAGCGCCAGUGACCACUAACACAUAUUUUGUCCAUUUACUUCUCACAAUACUUGUCGGCACGAGCCACUCGUGUUGUCAUUCUCAUGGUCACGUGUUUAUGUCACCUUUGAAUUGACAAGAUAAAGCCCAGUCAUUGUAAAGAAAAACGAGAUGUGAUGGUGUUGGAAUACAAGAUUUUAUUGCAAUAUGAGAAAGUGCAAUCGUGAAAGAGCAAAUUGUCUCUCAGUCUGAGCCACGGAUUACGUGUCAUCUUGUCUUAAGUAUUGCGCUGAUGUUUUUUCAUAACUUUAUUGUCUGUCAGAUAUGUACAGUACUAUGUCAAAACAUGAAAAAAGCUAUGUAAAUACUACUAUUUAAAAAUCAACUAGUUUUUCAGGAGUCACCCCUCGUUGCAGCAUCUGUUGUGAUGCAAACUUUUUAUUACUCCAUGGUGGUGAAGAAUGCGCUAAGAAGAAAUGCAAAGCUAUCACUUUAGCAGUUGAGCUUCCUUCCUACCCUCAACUAUGAUCACGAUCUAUGGGUCGUGACUGAAUGAACAGAAAUGGCAGCGCGCACCGGUGCAGUGGCUCUUAGCUCUCCAGUUUGGUGCAUUUUCUUUUUCGUUAUUUUGGCGCUAUUUGUGCAUUUUUGUAAAGCCACGUUCACCUAUACCUUCCAGGACCUGGGACUGAAGGAUAAUUUAUCAAUCAAUAAUGACUAUCAAUAUCCAACCAAUAUUCCGGAGGACAUUUACGAGACAUCAGGAUCUCCAUGGGUAGUCUUAGUCGGUCUACCCAGCACGCAACUAAGAAGGCGGAGGGAGCAAAAACAAAAGCGAGGAUGUCGUUCGGGCCUGGAAGCAACUUCACAGACCACUGCUACCAAGCAUCUCCCUGAACAACGCCAGAUACAUUACCCACAAAAUCGAUGAAUUGGAUUUAUAAUUCAUCAUGAGCAGUUUUGUCCGGGACUGAAGUGUUAUCACAGACACAGCUACAUCCGCGAAUACCAGAUUCUGCAGUUUCACUAGAUAAUAUUUGUAAGGAGAUCUACUGAGACACUUUUUAAAAAUUUGCACCCAAAAAAAACCUGUAAAAUAUUCAAAUGCUCAUCAGGCUUGAUGUCUGUCCAAAGUUUUCAUGAGUUUGCAUGCAUGUGUAGACACUCAAAACCUUGUUCACUUCUUGAAGAGCGUGGCCACAGCACAUCACCAUGGCAACAGUGUCAAAAGCUCACAAAUUUUCUUUUCUAACAUCCUGGCCAUAUUUUAAAAAACAUUUUCCUUUCUGUGCAUUUUAACCCUCUGGUGCGUACUGGAAGUACUGGACAGAAAAGUCAUUUUUAUUCCUCCUUUUCCAGUUCACUGAAACCACUAAAGUCAUCCUCCACAGUCUUGUCUUUGAAGAGCCACAGAAAGUCUCCGUCACACACCAUUUGAGUCUCUCUGUCACUCUCAAUGUCAUUUUGUUCUUGAGUUACCACUGAAGUUGUGCUGUUCUCAAGUAGCAGUCCAGGGAUUUGAAAUCAGUUGGUAAUAGUUGAUUCUUUCACACUGCUCCAUGCUUUUAAGAUACACUGGCAGAUCUCAGAAUAGGAUGACCAUCGCAUGCAGUCAGUUUUUUGUGAAACAUUAAUUAAAUAUUUUACUUUCUUGCGUAUCGUGCUGUUUUGCUUUGCGUGCACCAAAAACCUAUGCCGUCUUCUUUGACACACUCGAAGCAGCUUCGUCUUCUUCUAGAUUCACUUGUUGAUUCUUCUUCUUUUGCUACCCACGCUGAAGGUAAAUUCUUCUUCUGCUACCCACGCUGAAGGUGAAUUAUUUUUCUACACACUGCAAUCCCACGCAGGCACGGGGAGGACAUUCAAACUCCAUACAGACUGAAUUGAACCCAGAUCCUCAGAACUGUGAGGCCAACGCUUUACAGCUGCUCCACCAGAGGCAAAUUUCUUGUUUUUGAGAUCCCUUCCACAAAUUCAUACAUACGUCAGAGAUGUCUACUGUGUGAAAAAAGCCGCCACAUCCUGGGACUUCAAAUUACCAAUCUCUCUGGUGUAUUGCAGCAAUCAAAUGAGUCCUCCAGUGGCAUUAAUGGUAAAGACAAUUUCAGGGACAGAAACACCAUUUUUUAAAAGAACCACCCCCCCCCCCCAAAAAAAAAAAAAAAAAACUUUUAAGGCAUGAAAUGCUUUUUUGCUUUAGUUUGUCAUGGAAAAGAUAUGCAUUCAUACAAAAACUCCCUGUAUCCCAAAAUGCCAUGAGUAUAUCCAUAAAACGUAGCUUAUCAUGAAAUUCAGAGACACAACAUUAUAACUUGUGUAUAUCCCGAAACAAUAAACAGAUAAGCAGGACACAAAGGCAAGAAUGUCUAUUUUAUUUACACCCUAGCAUUCUGUAAUGGUUAUUUCUAUUUUUUAAGACUUCCUUGGUUCUCUUUUGUGU